UCUAGGGUUUAUGCUGCAAUCUCUGUGAAUGUUGGGGUCUUGGGUGUGAGGGGCAUUUGGGGAUCGUUAUGUUGUUGUUGAGAAGGCAAGGCGUCGAUCGCUUCCUCUUUGCAAGCUCAAAGCACCGACCUUUGCUCCUCCAUCGCCGCCAGCACCUUACAGGGGCCAUGGCGGCUGCUUUUACGGGUAGCCAUAGUGGUUGCAGUGGGUUUCAUUCCCAAGCUCAAUGGCCGCCGUCCCAUUUUUCCGCGGACCAUUCUUGCAAGUUUGCCAAUUUUCCGGGGAAAGCUGGUACUUUUCCUGGGAAUCUGAGGAAUACAAGCAUUGGAUGCAAUUUUGCUGUGAAGGGGUGCUUGCAAUCUCAGCAUCAUCCCCACCAUCAGUCUCAUGGCAAUAGCAUUAAGCGUCAUCCCAAUGCUCAGUUGGUUCGUGAUCAUGAACUGGAACUCCGCAGCCCGGAUGCUGUUGGAUUGGCCUCCUCAAAUGGUUGCCAGGAGCACGGAGGCCGGUCCAGAAUCCCACACCAUCCUUUGCCCGGUGAUAAAAUCAUUGUCGCAGUCGAUGUGGACGAGGUAUUGGGAAACUUUGUCUCGGCUCUCAACCGGUUUAUUGCUGAUCGUUACUCUUCCCACCAUUCAGUUUCAGAUUACCAUGUGUACGAGUUCUUCAAGAUAUGGAACUGUUCACGUGAUGAAGCCGAUAUUCGUGUUCAUGAGUUCUUUAAAACAUCAUAUUUCAAGGCCGGGAUCCACCCACUUCCAGGUGCUCAGGAGACCAUUCAUAAGUUGUCAGAUUUUUGUGACCUGUCAGUUGUGACGUCUCGGCAGAAUGCAAUUAAGGACCACACCAUUCAAUGGAUCGAACAACAUUUUCCAGGGCUGUUUCAGGAGAUUCACUUUGGCAACCACUUUGCUUUAAAUGGAGAGUCCAGGCCUAAGUCAGAAAUAUGCAGGUCCCUGGGAGCAAAGGUUCUAAUUGAUGACAAUCCAAGAUAUGCACUCGAAUGUGCCGAGGUGGGGAUCAGAGUUCUACUUUUUGAUUAUGAGAACUCAUAUCCUUGGUGCAAGACCGAGUCUAUUGAUCAACACCCCCUGGUCACCAGGGUUCAUAACUGGGAAGAAGUCGAGAAGCAGCUGAUGACAAUAAAUAGCAUAAAUUCAUAGUUUUUCUUACAACCCGUUACAAGAUUGGCCGCCAAUUUGUCAAGGUAUGUUGAGAACAUGGAGUGCAUCAGAAGGAUGCUACAGAAAAUAUCGUUGAUGAUCUCUAUUCUUUGGUGACCGGACAAAAUAGGGUUGUCCGGUGAAAGUUUUAGUAGGACAAUUGUGAGAAGUGAUGAUAUCAUUACCCCCACUUCUGGAUAGGGCUUGGUUUCUUCUCCUUUUUCUCCUUAUUAUUCAUUUAGAGGAGAAUAGGGUAAAAGGAAAAUUCCCAAGUUGUAAAUAUGGAUGAUGUCGAAAAUUCUUGAAUAAUCCAAAAUUUUCCAUUAUUUA